UAAUUCAUAUCUCAAAGUCUCAACCUCUCUUUCUUCUCCCUCUUCUGUUCUCAGAGUCCGAAAGAAAGAAAGAAAUAAGCAAUUCCGAUUCCGAUUCCGAUGGUUUCUUGAGGCUUUUCCAGUAGCUCCACUGGAAGGACGAUGACGCCGAGGCGCCGUGACUUCUUGAACUCGAAGAUCGUCUUCCGUUCUCCACUGAUUCAUGGAACGCGGCAAAGCCCCUUCUUCUUCUUCUUCUCCUUCAGAGUCCAGCAGAAUUUCGGAUCCGGAAAAUGCGAAGGUCGUUGAAUGGGAGGACUUCGAGCAGGAGCUUGCCAGGCUGUGGAGUCUCUCUUCGGCACUCGAGGAAGCCAAGCACCAGAAGGAAACUCUAAAGCAGAAGCUCGACUCCCUAAUUCAGGUCGAUUCUGAGUCUGUUAGUCGAUCAAAUGAGCUUGCAGAAAUGGUAGAGAAACUUGAAGCGAGGAAACGUUUUGUGGAGAAUUUGUCAAUGCGUUCUAAACUUGCAUCGGAGGAUGUUAAGAAACAAGAGGAGAGUCUUAGCGUGGAAGUUAGAUCACUUUUGGUUGCGGGGACUGCUUUGUCUAAAGCUAGGAAGCGAUUGCAGGAAUCAAAUAGACUACUCACUGGAGAAGAAGGCUAUGAUCGUCUAAAAAGCUUGCAGAAGAUGCUGAGAAGAAGGCAGCAAUAUAUGAUUUCACAAGUUUCAUUUCUCUAUCCUGUAAAAAUUUCAACCGGACCUGCUAGGGAUCAGGAGCUUGAAUCAUUUCCUAACACUAGUAGAUUAGGGAAUUCUUCUGGUUCUAAACCUGUCAAUCAUGGAUCCUUGACGAUAUUAGGUCUAAAUCUGAAUGUGCUUCCAUUUAAAAAAAUGAGCUUUUUCAGUGAUAAGAAAGAGACUCAGAGGUCUGCAACUGCCCUUGGAUAUGUUGCUCAUGCUGUUUCCCUCAUAUCUUCAUAUCUAAAAGUUCCUUUACGCUACCCUUUGCACAUGGGUGGAUCUCAUUCCUACAUUUGUGACUACGCGCCUUCAAUAGAACCCUCGUCAUCUGUUUCCUUAUCCACCUCACUACCUGUCACAAAUAUGAAACAUGUCGAGUUCCCUCUCUUUUUAGAUGGACAAGAUACAACGAGAGCUGCUUACGCCGUAUUUUUGUUAAACAAGGACUUGGAGCAACUUCUAAACUUCAUUGGUAUGAAGAGUUUGGGCCCACGCCACAUAUUGGCUAACUUGAAGGAGCUUCUGAGGAUCAUUCAAUCUGCAGAUUAUAUUGAUACGUGAUCCAAAUUUUUCAAUGAAGAAGUUAGGUUUGUAGAUUGAACAAAUUUGUAAAUGGAUCAGCUGCACAUUCUUAUACAGGUGCGAAUUCUUCAACCUUACUUGAACAGGAUCUGUUCCAUAGGUUGUACCUCUGUAUCCUUGAGUUCUAAAAGUAUACAGGUGCGAAUUCUAUUUUUCGUUAGAGCACCUUUAUCA